ACGUGGUAUCACAGAGACAGCUCUGGUCCGGGUCAUUCGACAAUCAGAAGAAUCUCAUGCAUCCUCUCUGUCUUCAAGAGCAUCCGUGAAUGACAACGGAACAUCCUCUUAGGGUAAAAGCAAACAGCUCACUAUAACUUGCAUCGUUAUACACCUGGCCUCUGAAAUUAGUCGAACAGUGUUUACGAAUCUAAUCCCGAUAAAAGCUAGGAAUCCAGAAUGGCAAACUCAAUCUUUUUGUCGGUAUGCCUUUUUGGUGUUGCCGCGGUAAGAAGCCUACCUAACCUGUGUCCGCCGAUAAACCAGCAAAUGACGUUUACCGGAGUAGAUGAUCGUCUAUGCCCUGUUUCUCGCAAUCUAUCGAGUUUACCUGCACCCGCUCUCCCAGUUUCCAGGCCCAUGGUACUAUGCAGCCUCUCAGAUCCCUAUAACCAUACAACGCAUAACCGGCAAUGAGGUUGCCACCUACGCCAGGCUCCACGAGAGGUACGGAUUGUACGCGCGUGUCGCCCCCGGCGAGUUGAGCACCAUCAACCCCGUCGCGGCGACAGACGUUUACGGACAUCGCAAUGCUGCCCGUCAAAUUGGCAAGGAUUUCAAAGCCUAUUACAUGAAGAACCAGCGGGGCGACGGGACCGAGGGGCUUAUGACGGCCAGCGACGAAGAUCAUCGCCGUCAGCGAAAAGUCUUUGCGCCGGCCUUCAGUGACAGGGCGAUUCGCGAGCAAGAGGGACUCCUGAAGAAGUACACUGAUCUCUUCGUGCAGAAGUCUGGCGAAUUCUGCGAGGCCAACGGCAGAGUCGACCUGCACAUGUUUUUCAGUUUUGCAACCUUUGACUUUGCCGCCGACCUUGUCUUCGGCGAAGGUCUCGAUCACCUGGAGCGAAUGGAAUACCACCCCUUUCUAGCCAACAUAUCCGGGGUAGUCAAGUUCAGUGCCUGGCGCAGAGCUAUUCGGUCCUUUGAUUGGAUGGACAAGGUCUUCACGCUGCUGAUGCCAAAGUCCAUGAUCAAGAAGAGGAUGGUGCACAUCCAGUUCUGCGAUGACAAGGUCGCCGCGCGGUUGCGCAAGAAGAACACCGGGCACCCGGAUAUGUGGACUCUCGUCCAGGAGGCGGAAGGCAAGGGCGAGGGCAUGACUUUCGGCGAGAUGCGUCAAAACGGCUUUCUCAUGCUGACGGCUGCCACCGAGACGACUUCGUCCUUGAUGACGGCGCUGGCUUUCCUCUUGGCACAACAUCCGGACAAGCUGAGGAAGCUCAAGGAUGAGCUUUACAAGAACUUCACUUCGGCCGAGGAAAUGACAACCUUGACUUUGCCCCGUCUAGAGUACCUUCAGGCCUGCAUCGAGGAAGGACUCCGCUGUUAUCCUCCCGUCCCCGGCGGGCUUCCUCGUCGGACCGGACCGCAAGGGGCCGUACUCGACGGCCAUGUUCUUCCUCCCGAUACGGUAGUUUUCUACGCGCAGUCUGCCUCGUAUCAUUCUGCCAUUCACUUUGCCCGCCCCAACGAGUUUAUCCCCGAGCGGUGGCUCGCGCCACCUCCUGCAGAGUUUGAAAACGACUGUUUGGAGGCUGUCCAGGCCUUCUCUUCGGGUUCCAGAGACUGUAUUGGUAAAAAUCUCGCCUAUCACGAAGCAAGACUUCUGGCAGCUAAGUUCUUCUUCACAUAUGACGUGGAAAUCUGCGAGGAAAGCUGGGAUUGGAUGAACCAGAAAGCAUACAUCGUUGGCCUAAAGAGACCGUUGUAUGCGAAGCUUCGCCGGGCGAAGAGAGACGCCAACGUGUCUUAG